ACAUUUGUAUUUGAAGUAUAAUCUUUUGUUUGUAUCAAUUACAAUUAUUGAAAAAUCCUUGUAAACCAUUUAUUUUUAUUUGAUUCAAUAUCAGGUAUAGAUAUACUAUGAAAAUUUUAGUGCUUAAAACAUUAAAUGACUCGCCCAGUCUUUCAUAACACAAUGUCAGCCGCAAAUAUGGACUACGACUAUCUUAUAAAACUACUUUGCGUUGGUGAUUCGGGUGUCGGAAAGACAAGUUUUUUGUACAAAUACACUGAUGGCGUUUUUCAUACCCAAUUUAUAUCUACUGUGGGUAUAGAUUUCAGGGAAAAAACUGUGAUCUAUCAACAAAAUGGGAGACAACAUCGAAUACAUUUACAACUGUGGGAUACUGCUGGGCAGGAGAGAUUUCGCAGUUUGACAACAGCAUUUUAUCGUGAUGCAAUGGGUUUUCUUUUGCUAUUUGACUUGACCAAUGAGGCUUCCUUUCUAGAAGUACGAAACUGGAUUGAGCAAUUGAAGACCCACAGUCUGAGUGAUGACCCCGACAUAGUUCUAUGUGGUCAUAAAUGUGACUUACAAGAAAAAAGACUGGUGAACCAGAAUCGUGCCAGAGAAUUUGCCAAAAAUUAUAACUUGCCAUAUUUGGAAACCAGUGCCAAAACUGGACAGAAUAUUGAUCGAGCUAUUGAAAUACUUUUAGACAAAGUCAUGUACAGAAUGGAGCAUUCAGUAGAAUAUGCAAUGCUAUGUGCUUCGGGGCGCAGGCGACAGUCCCUGCAGAAACUCCAAGCAAAGCAAGAUAGAAAAUUCUGUUCAUGCUAAUCUCAUGAUAAGUAUUUUAUCAUUCCAGUAUAAUUCCAUUACAUAAAUAUUUAUAUAUGCUUCCCUUUUAUGUAAUAUCUUCCAUUUUGAAAUAAUUACAU